AUGCUCUCCCCGGACGCCCCAGAGCGUCGCGAUGCUCUCCCCGGACGCCCCAGAGCGUCGCGAUGCUCUCCCCGGACGCCCCAGAGCAUCGCGAUGCUCUCCCCGGACGCCCCAGAGCGUCGCGAUGCUCUCCCCCGGACGCCCCAGAGCGUUGCUAUGCUCUCCCCGGACGCCCCCAGAGCGUCGCGAUGCUCUCCCCGAACGCCCCAGAGCGUCGCGAUGCUCUCCCCGGACGCCCCAGAGCGUCACGAUGCUCUCCCCGGACGCCCCAGAGCGUCGCGAUGCUCUACCCGGACGCCCCAGAGCGUCGCGAUGCUCUCCCCGGACGCCCCAGAGCAUCGCGAUGCUCUCCCCGGACGCCCCAGAGCGUCGCGAUGCUCUCCCCGGAUGCCCCAGAGCGUCGCGAUGCUCUCCCCGGACCCCCCAAAGCGUCGCUAUGCUCUCCCCGGACGCCCCAGAGCGUCGCGAUGCUCUCCCCGGACGCCCCAGAGCGUCGCGAUGCUCUCCCCGGACGACCCAGAGCGUCGCGAUGCUCUCCCGAAACGCCCCAGAGCAUCGCGAUGCUCUCUCCGGACGCCCCAGAGCGUCGCGAUGCUCUCCCCGGACGCCCCAGAGCGUCGCGAUGCUCUCCCCGGACUCCCUAGAGCGUCGCGAUGCUCUACCCGGACGCCCCAGAGCGUCGCGAUGCUCUCCCCAGCCGCCCCAGAGCGUCGUGAUGCUCUCCCCGGACGCCGGAGAGCGUCGCGAUGCUCUCCCCGGACGCCCCAGAGCGUCGCUAUGCUCUCCCCGGACGCCCCAGAGCGUCGCGAUGCUCUCCCUCGGACGCCCCAGAGCAUCGCGAUGCUCUCUCCGGACGCCCCAGAGCAUCGCGAUACUUUCCCCGGAAGCCCCGGAGCGUCGCGAUGCUCUCCCCGGACGCCCCAGAGCGUCGCGAUGCUCUACCCGGACGCCCCAGAGCAUCGCGAUGCUCUCCCCAGCCGCCCCAGAGCAUUGCGAUGCUCUACCCGGACACCCCAGAGCGUCGCGAUGCUCUCCCCAGCCGCCCCAGUGCGUCGUGAUGCUCUCCCCGGACGCCCUAGAGCGUCGCGAUGCUCUCCCCCGGACGCCCCAGAGCGUCGCCAUGCUCUCCCCGGAUGCCCCAGAGUGUCGCGAUGCUCUCCCCGGACGCCCCAGAGCGUCGUAAUGCUCUCCGCGGACGCCCCAGAGCGUCGCGAUGCUCUCCCCGGACGCCCUAGAGCGUCGCGAUGCUCUCCCCGGACGCCCCAGAGCAUCGCGAUGCUCUCCCCGGACGCCCCAGAGCGUCGCAAUGCUCUCCCCGGACGCCCCAGAGCGUCGCGAUGCUCUCCCCGGACGCCCCAGAGCGUUGCGAUGCUCUCCUCGGACGCCCCAGAGCGUCGCGAUGCUCUCCCCGGACGCCCCAGAGCGUCGCGAUGCUCUCCCCGGACGCCCCAGAGCGUCGCUAUGCUCUCUCCGGACGCCCCAGAGCGUCGCGAUGCUCUACCCGGACGCCCCAGAGCGUCGCGAUGCUCUCCCCCGGACGCCCCAACGCGUCGUGAUGCUCUCCCCGGACGCCCCAGAGCGUCGCGAUGCUCUCCCCGAACGCCCCAGAGCGUCGCGAUGCUCUCCCCGGACGCCCCAGAGCGUCGCGAUGCUCUCCCCGGACGCCCCAGAGCGUCGCGAUGCUCUCCCCGGACGCCCCAGAGCAUCGCGAUGCUCUCCCCGGACGCCCCAGAGCGUCGCGAUGCUCUCCCCGGACGCCCCAGAGCGUCGCGAUGCUCUCCCCGGACGCCCCAGAGCGUCGCGAUGCUCUCCCCGGACGCCCCAGAGCGUCCCGAUGCUCUCCCUGGACGCCCCAGAGCGUCGCGAUGCUCUCCCCGGACGCCCCAGCGCGUCGCGAUGCUCUCCCCGGACGCCCCAGAGCGUCGCGAUGCUCUCCCCGGACGCCCCAGAGCGUCGCUAUGCUCUCCCCGGACGCCCCAGAGCGUCGCGAUGCUCCACCCGGACGCCCCAAAGCGUCGCGAUGCUCUCCCCAGACUCCCCAGAGCGUUAGCGUCGCGAUGCUCUCCCCGGACGCCCCAGAGCGUUGCUAUGCUCUCCCCGGACGCCCCAGAGCGUCGCGAUGCUCUCCCCGAACGCCCCAGAGCGUCGCGAUGCUCUCCCUGGACGCCCCAGAGCGUCACGAUGCUCUCCUCGGACGCCCCAGAACGUCGCGAUGCUCUACCCGGACGCCCCAGAGCGUCGCGAUGCUCUCCCCGGACGCCCCAGAGCGUCCCGAUGCUCUCCCUGGACGCCCCAGAGCGUCGUGAUGCUCUCCCCGGACGCCCCAGCGCGUCGCGAUGCUCUCCCCGGACGCCCCAGAGCGUCGCGAUGCUCUCCCCGGACGCCCCAGAGCGUCGCUAUGCUCUCCCCGGACGCCCCAGAGCGUCGCGAUGCUCUCCCCGGACGCCCCAGAGCGUCGCUAUGCUCUCCCCGGACGCCCCAGAGAGUCGCCAUGCUCUCCCCGGAUGCCCCAGAGCGUCGCGAUGCUCUCCCCGGACGCCCCAGAGCGUCUUGAUGCUCUCCGCGGACGCCCCAGAGCGUCGCGAUGCUCUCCCCGGACGCCCUAGAGCGUCGCGAUGCUCUCCCCGGACGCCCCAGAGCAUCGCGAUGCUCUCCCCGGACGCCCCAGAGCGUCGCGAUGCUCUCCCCGGACGCCCCAGAGUGUCGCGAUGCUCUCCCCGGACGCCCCAGAGCGUCGCGAUGCUCUCCCCGGACGCCCUAGAGCGUUGCGAUGCUCUCCCCGGACGCCCAAGAGCGUCGCUAUGCUCUCCCCGGACGCCCCAGAGCGUCGCGAUGCUCUCCCCGGACGCCCCAGAGCGUCGCGAUGCUCUCCCCGGACGCCCCAGAGCGUCGCUAUGCUCUCCCCGGACGCCCCAGAGCGUCGCGAUGCUCUCCCCGGACGCCCCAGAGCGUCGCUAUGCUCUCCCCGAACGCCCCAGAGCGUCGCGAUGCUCUACCCGGACGCCCCAAAGCGUCGCGAUGCUCUCCCUAGACGCCCCAGAGCGUCGUGAUGCUCUCCCCCGGACGCCCCAGAGCGUCGCGAUGCUCUCCCCGGACGCCCCAGAGCGUCGCGAUGCUCUCCCCGGACGCCCCAGAGCGUCACGAUGCUCUCCCCGGACGCCCCAGAGCAUCGCGAUGCUCUCCCCGGACGCCCCAGAGCGUCGCGAUGCUCUCCCCGGACGCCCCAGAGCGUUGCUAUGCUCUCCCCGGACGCCCCAGAGCGUCGCGAUGCUCUCCCCGAACGCCCCAGAGCGUCGCGAUGCUCUCCCCGGACGCCCCAGAGCCGUCGCGAUGCUCUCCCCGGACGCCGCAGAGCGUUGCGAUGCUCUCCCCGGACGCCCCAGAGCGUCGCUAUGCUCUCUCCGGACGCCCCAGAGCGUCGCGAUGCUCUCCCCGGACGCCCCAGAGCGUCGCGAUGCUCUCCCCGGACGCCCCAGAGCGUCGCCAUGCUCUCCCCGGACGCCCCAGAGCGUCGCGAUGCUCUACCCGGACGCCCCAGAGCAUCGCGAUGCUCUCCCCGGACGCCCCAGAGCGUCGCGAUGCUCUCCCCGGACGCCCCAGAGCGUCGCGAUGCUCUCCCCGGACGCCCCAGAGCGUCGCGAUGCUCUCCCCGGACGCCCCAGAGCAUCGCGAUGCUCUCCCCCGGACGCCCCAGAGCGUCGCGAUGCUCUCCCCGGACGCCCCAGAGCGUUGCUAUGCUCUCCCCGGACGCCCCAGAGCGUCGCGAUGCUCUCCCCGAACGCCCCAGAGCGUCGCGAUGCUCUCCCCGGACGCCCCAGAGCGUCACGAUGCUCUCCCCGGACGCCCCAGAGCGUCGCGAUGCUCUACCCCGGACGCCCCAGAGCGUCGCGAUGCUCUCCCCGGACGCCCCAGAGCAUCGCGAUGCUCUCCCCGGACGCCCCAGAGCAUCGCGAUGCUCUCACCCGGACGCCCCAGAGCGUCCCGAUGCUCUCCCUGGACGCCCCAGAGCGUCGCGAUGCUCUCCCCGGACGCCCCAGCGCGUCGCGAUGCUCUCCCCGGACGCCCCAGAGCGUCGCGAUGCUCUCCCCGGACGCCCCAGAGCGACGCUAUGCUCUCCCCGGACGCCCCAGAGCGUUGCGAUGCUCUACCCGGACGCCCCAGAGCGUCGCGAUGCUCUCCCCGGACGCCCCAGAGCGUCGUGAUGCUCUCCCCGGACGCCCCAGAGCGUCGCGAUGCUCUCCUCGGACGCCCCAGAGCAUCGCGAUGCUCUCUCCGGACGCCCCAGAGCAUCGCGAUACUUUCCCCGGAAGCCCCGGAGCGUCGCGAUGCUCUCCCCGGACGCCCCAGAGCGUCGCGAUGCUCUACCCGGACGCCCCAGAGCAUCGCGAUGCUCUCCCCAGCCGCCCCAGAGCAUUGCGAUGCUCUACCCGGACGCCCCAGAGCGUCGCGAUGCUCUCCCCAGCCGCCCCAGAGCGUCGUGAUGCUCUCCCCGGACGCCCUAGAGCGUCGCGAUGCUCUCCCCGGACGCCCCAGAGCGUCGCCAUGCUCUCCCCGGAUGCCCCAGAGCGUCGCGAUGCUCUCCCCGGACGCCCCAGAGCGUCCAUCGCGAUGCUCUCCCCGGACGCCCCAGAGCGUCGCGAUGCUCUCCCCGGACGCCCCAGAGUGUCGCGAUGCUCUCCCCCGGACGCCCCAGAGCGUCGCGAUGCUCUCCCCGACGCCGCAGAGCGUUGCGAUGCUCUCCCCGGACGCCCCAGAGCGUCGCUAUGCUCUCCCCGGACGCCCCAGAGCGUCGCGAUGCUCUCCCCGGACGCCCCAGAGCGUCGCGAUGCUCUCCCCGGACGCCCCAGAGCGUCGCCAUGCUCUCCCCGGACGCCCCAGAGCGUCGCGAUGCUCUACCCCGGACGCCCCAGAGCGUCGCGAUGCUCUCCCCGGACGCCCCAGAGCGUCGCGAUGCUCUCCCCGGACGCCCCAGAGCGUCGCGAUGCUCUCGCCCGGACGCCCCAGAGCGUUGUUAUGCUCUCCCCGGACUCCCCAGAGCGUCGCGAUGCUCUCCCCGAACGCCCCAGAGCGUCGCGAUGCUCUCCCCGGACGCCCCAGAGCGUCACGAUGCUCUCCCCGGACGCCCCAGAGCGUCGCGAUGCUCUACCCGGACGCCCCAGAGCGUCGCGAUGCUCUCCCCGGACGCCCCAGAGCAUCGCGAUGCUCUCCCCGGACGCCCCAGAGCGUCGCGAUGCUCUCCCCGGACGCCCCAGAGCGUCCCGAUGCUCUCCCUGGACGCCCCAGAGCGUCGCGAUGCUCUCCCCCGGACGCCCCAGCGCGUCGCGAUGCUCUCCCCGGACGCCCCAGAGCGUCGCGAUGCUCUCCCCGGACGCCCCAGAGCGUCGCGAUGCUCUCCCCGGACGCCCCAGAGCGUCGCUAUGCUCUCCCCGGACGCCCCAGAGCGUCGCGAUGCUCUACCCGGACGCCCCAGAGCGUCGCGAUGCUCUCCCCGGACGCCCCAGAGCGUCGCGAUGCUCUACCCGGACGCCCCAGAGCGUCGCGAUGCUCUCCCCGGACGCCCCAGAGCGUCGUGAUGCUCUCCCCGGACGCCCCAGAGCGUCGCGAUGCUCUCCCCGGACGCCCCAGAGCAUCGCGAUGCUCUCCCCGGACGCCCCAGAGCGUCGCGAUGCUCUCACCCGGACGCCCCAGAGCGUUGCUAUGCUCUCCCCGGACGCCCCAGAGCGUCGCGAUGCUCUCCCCGAACGCCCCAGAGCGUCGCGAUGCUCUCCCCGGACGCCCCAGAGCGUCACGAUGCUCUCCCCGGACGCCCCAGAGCGUCGCGAUGCUCUACCCGGACGCCCCAGAGCGUCGCGAUGCUCUCCCCGGACGCCCCAGAGCAUCGCGAUGCUCUCCCCGGACGCCCCAGAGCGUCGCGAUGCUCUCCCCGGACGCCCCAGAGCGUCCCGAUGCUCUCCCUGGACGCCCCAGAGCGUCGCGAUGCUCUCCCCGGACGCCCCAGCGCGUCGCGAUGCUCUCCCCGGACGCCCCAGAGCGUCGCGAUGCUCUCCCCGGACGCCCCAGAGCGUCGCUAUGCUCUCCCCGGACGCCCCAGAGCGUCGCGAUGCUCUACCCGGACGCCCCAGAGCGUCGCGAUGCUCUCCCCGGACGCCCCAGAGCGUCGUGAUGCUCUCCCCGGACGCCCCAGAGCAUCGCGAUGCUCUCCCCGGACGCCCCAGAGCGUCGCGAUGCUCUCCCCGGACGCCCCAGAGCGUCCCGAUGCUCUCCCUGGACGCCCCAGAGCGUCGCGAUGCUCUCCCCGGACGCCCCAGCGCGUCGCGAUGCUCUCCCCCGGACGCCCCAGAGCGUCGCGAUGCUCUCCCCGGACGCCCCACAGCGUCGCUAUGCUCUCCCCGGACGCCCCAGAGCGUCGCGAUGCUCUACCCGGACGCCCCAGAGCGUCGCGAUGCUCUCCCCGGACGCCCCAGAGCGUCGCGAUGCUCUCCCCGGACGCCCCAGCACGUCGUGAUGCUCUCCCCGGACGCCCCAGAGCGUCGCGAUGCUCUCCCCGAACGCCCUAGAGCGUCGCGAUGCUCUACCCGGACGCCCCAGAGCGUCGCGAUGCUCUCCCCGGACGCCCCAGCGCGUCGUGAUGCUCUCCCCGGACGCCCCAGAGCGUCGCGAUGCUCUCCCCGAACGCCCCAGAGCGUCGCGAUGCUCUCCCCGGACGCCUCAGAGCGUCGCGAUGCUCUCCACCGGACGCCCCAGAGCGUCGCGAUGCUCUCCCCGGACGCCCCAGAGCAUCGCGAUGCUCUCCCCCGGACGCCCCAGAGCGUCGCGAUGCUCUCUUCGGACGCCCCAGAGCGUCGCGAUGCUCUCCCCGGACGCCCCAGAGCGUCGCGAUGCUCUCCCCGGACGCCCCAGAGCGUCCCGAUGCUCUCCCUGGACGCCCCAGAGCGUCGCGAUGCUCUCCCCGGACGCCCCAGCGCGUCGCGAUGCUCUCCCCCGGACGCCCCAGAGCGUCGCGAUGCUCUCCCCGGACGCCCCAGAGCGUCGCUAUGCUCUCCCCGGACGCCCCAGAGCGUCGCGAUGCUCUACCCGGACGCCCCAAAGCGUCGCGAUGCUCUCCCUAGACGCCCCAGAGCGUCAGCGUCGCGAUGCUCUCCCCGGACGCCCCAGAGCAUCGCGAUGCUCUCCCCGGACGCCCCAGAGCGUCGCGAUGCUCUCCCCGGACGCCCCAGAGCGUUGCUAUGCUCUCCCCGGACGCCCCAGAGCGUCGCGAUGCUCUCCCCGAACGCCCCAGAGCGUCGCGAUGCUCUCCCCGGACGCCCCAGAGCGUCACGAUGCUCUCCCCGGACGCCCCAGAGCGUCGCGAUGCUCUACCCGGACGCCCCAGAGCGUCGCGAUGCUCUCCCCGGACGCCCCAGAGCAUCGCGAUGCUCUCCCCGGACGCCCCAGAGCGUCGCGAUGCUCUCCCCGGAUGCCCCAGAGCGUCGCGAUGCUCUCCCCGGACCCCCCCAAAGCGUCGCUAUGCUCUCCCCGGACGCCCCAGAGCGUCGCGAUGCUCUCCCCGGACGCCCCAGAGCGUCGCGAUGCUCUCCCCCGGACGACCCAGAGCGUCGCGAUGCUCUCCCGAAACGCCCCAGAGCAUCGCGAUGCUCUCUCCCGGACGCCCCAGAGCGUCGCGAUGCUCUCCCCGACGCCCCAGAGCGUCGCGAUGCUCUCCCCGGACUCCCUAGAGCGUCGCGAUGCUCUCCCCAGCCGCCCCAGAGCGUCGUGAUGCUCUCCCCGGACGCCCGAGAGCGUCGCGAUGCUCUCACCCGGACGCCCCAGAGCGUCGCUAUGCUCUCCCCGGACGCCCCAGAGCGUCGCGAUGCUCUCCUUGGACGCCCCAGAGCAUCGCGAUGCUCUCUCCGGACGCCCCAGAGCAUUGCGAUACUUUCCUCGGAAGCCCCGAAGCGUCGCGAUGCUCUCCCCGGACGCCCCAGAGCGUCGCGAUGCUCUACCCGGACGCCCCAGAGCAUCGCGAUGCUCUCCCCAGCCGCCCCAGAGCAUUGCGAUGCUCUACCCGGACGCCCCAGAGCGUCGCGAUGCUCUCCCCAGCCGCCCCAGAGCGUCGUGAUGCUCUCCCCGGACGCCCUAGAGCGUCGCGAUGCUCUCCCCGGACGCCCCAGAGCGUCGCCAUGCUCUCCCCAGAUGCCCCAGAGCGUCGCGAUGCUCUCCCCGGACGCCCCAGAGCGUCGUGAUGCUCUCCGCGGACGCCCCAGAGCAGCGUCGCGAUGCUCUCCCCGGACGCCCCAGAGCGUUGCGAUGCUCUCCCCGGACGCCCCAGAGCAUCGCUAUGCUCUCCCCGGACGCCCCAGAGCGUCGCGAUGCUCUCCCCCGGACGCCCCAGAGCGUCGCGAUGCUCUCCCCGGACGCCCAGAGCGUCGCUAUGCUCUCCCCGGACGCCCCAGAGCGUCGCGAUGCUCUACCCGGACGCCCCAGAGCGUCGCGAUGCUCUCCCCGGACGCCCCAGAGCGUCGUGAUGCUCUCCCCGGACGCCCCAGAGCGUCGCGAUGCUCUCCCCGGACGCCCCAGAGCGUCGCGAUGCUCUCCCCGGACGACCCAGAGCGUCGCGAUGCUCUCCCGGAACGCCCCAGAGCAUCGCGAUGCUCUCUCCGGACGCCCCAGAGCGUCGCGAUGCUCUCCCUGGACGCCCCAGAGCGUCCAAUGCUCUCCCCGGACUCCCUAGAGCGUCGCGAUGCUCUACCCGGACGCCCCAGAGCGUCGCGAUGCUCUCCCCAGCCGCCCCAGAGCGUCAAUGAUGCUCUCCACCGUACGCCCGAGGAGCGUCGCGAUGCUCUCCCCGGACGCCCCAGAGCGUCGCUAUGCUCUCCCCGGACGCCCCAGAGCGUCGCGAUGCUCUCCCCGGACGCCCCAGAGCAUCGCGAUGCUCUCUCCGGACGCCCCAGAGCAUCGCGAUACUUUCCCCGGAAGCCCCGAAGCGUCGCGAUGCUCUCCCCGGACGCCCUAGAGCGUCGCGAUGCUCUACCCGGACGCCCCAGAGAGCAUCGCGAUGCUCUACCCGAACGCCCCAGAGCGUCGCGAUGCUCUCCCCAGCCGCCCCAGAGAGUCGUGAUGCUCUCCCCGGACGCCCUAGAGCGUCGCGAUGCUCUCCCCGGACGCCCCAGAGCGUCGCGAUGCUCUCCCCGGAUGCCCCAGAGCGUCGCGAUGCUCUCCCCGGACGCCCCAGAGCGUCGUGAUGCUCUCCGCGGACGCCCCAGAGCGUCGCGAUGCUCUCCCCGGACGCCCCAGAGCGUCGCGAUGCUCUCCCCGGACGCCCCAGAGCAUCGCGAUGCUCUCCCCGGACGCCCCACAGCGUCGCGAUGCUCUCCCCGGACGCCCCAGAGUGUCGCGAUGCUCUCCCCCGGACGCCCCAGAGCGUCGCGAUGCUCUACCCGGACGCCCCAGAGCGUCGCGAUGCUCUCCACAGCCGCCCCAGAGCGUCGUGAUGCUCUCCCCGGACGGCCCAGAGCGUUGCGAUGCUCUCCCAGGACGCCCCAGAGCGUCGCGAUGCUCUCCCCGGACGCCCCAGAGCGUCGCGAUGCUCUCCCUGGACGCCCCAGAGCGUCGCGAUGCUCUCCCCGGACGCCCCAGAGCGUCGCGAUGCUCUCCCCGGACGCCCCAGAGCGUCGCGAUGCUCUCCCCGGACGCCCCAGCGCGUCGCGAUGCUCUCCCCGGACGCCCCAGAGCGUCGCGAUGCUCUCCUCGGACGCCCCAGAGCGUCGCUAUUCUCUCCCCGGACGCCCCAGAGCGUCGCGAUGCUCUACCCAGACGCCCCAGAGCGUCGCGAUGCUCUCCCGGGACGCCCCAGAGCGUCGUGAUGCUCUCCCCGGACGCCCCAGAGCGUGGCGAUGCUCUCUCCGAACGCCCCAGAGCGUCGCGAUGCUCUACCCGGACGCCCCAGAGCUUCGCGAUGCUAUUCCCGGACUCCCCAGCACGUCGUGA